AUCAAAAAAGACGGAUACGGUCUGGUACAACGUUUAGUUGAGUUCUUAGUUCGUUUCCACUCGUGAAAACAGCUACAAUAAGGUGGCUAUUUGUUUGUGAUCAGAUUCAUGUAAGUCAGUUGUGCAUAUUUCAUUAAGGCGUUUACAAGUACACAAAGUACUGCGAGCCAUCAUAAUAAUUUUCUCCAAUAGUAGAGAUUUCAGACGCACAUUUUCAUCGACUCUGCAAGUAUGACAUCACAGGGUCCAGCGUUUGACUCCAACUGCAUGACGUUGACACGUUAUGUACUGGCCGAGCAGCGAAAGGUACCGUCGGCCACUGGUGACCUGACGCAGCUGCUUAACAGCAUACAAACGGCUGUGAAAGCGGUCAGCUCGGCCGUGCGAAAGGCCGGCAUUGCCAACAUGUAUGGCAUUGCUGGCACGACUAAUAUCCAAGGUGAAGAAGUAAAAAAGCUGGAUGUGCUUAGUAACGAGCUGUUCAUUAAUAUGUUGACUUCUUCGUUCACAACAUGUCUGCUCAUUUCUGAAGAAAAUCCCACUGCCAUAGAAGUGAAUCUGGAAAAUCGUGGAAAAUAUAUCGUGUGUUUUGAUCCCCUCGACGGUUCGUCCAACAUUGACUGUCUCGUGUCCGUUGGUUCCAUCUUCGGCAUUUACAGAAAAGUCAACGAAUGUAAGCCUCCGAGUGUGGAAGAUGCCCUGCAAUCAGGAAAAAAUUUGGUUGCUGCAGGAUACGCACUCUAUGGUUCGGCAACCAUGAUGGUACUGUCUAUCGGUCGUGGGGUGAAUGGUUUUACCUAUGACCCAGCUAUUGGAGAGUUCAUACUUACUGAGAAAAAUAUGAAAAUACCACCAAAAGGCAAAAUAUACAGCAUAAAUGAAGGUAACGAAACGACAUGGAAUAAAGGUAUUAAAGAGUACAUUGAUUCAAAAAAAAAACCACCCAGUGGAAAACCUUACAGUUCCCGUUAUGUGGGGUCCAUGGUGGCUGAUGUUCAUCGCACUAUUAAAUAUGGCGGAAUUUUCAUGUAUCCAGCCACAAGUGACAACCCAAACGGCAAACUUCGUUUGCUUUAUGAAUGCAAUCCAAUGGCAUACAUCGUGAAAGAAGCUGGUGGUUUGGCCUCAAAUGGAGAGAUGAGUAUUUUAGAUAUCGUACCAUCAAACAUUCACCAAAGAUCACCCAUUUUUUUGGGCUCAACUAAUGACGUUGAAGAUGUCUUGAACUGCAUCAAAAGACAUAAAUAAAAUCUUUUGUUAACUAAAAUCACUUGUUUUUUCACUUUUUACAAAGUUAAUAAUAAUUUUUAAAAAUUCUGCCAUGCUUACUCUUUAAGUUUACUGAAUUUUGUUGUACAUGAAUGUCAAAAUG